UUAGCACCAGCAGAGAUGCCCAGGCAGAGCCAGUCUGAGGAGACAUCUGAGGCCACAUCUCUCAGCAGUCUCUUCUUCCUGCUGCUGCACCCUCUGCUGCACACUCUGGGCCUCACUGCUGGAACCAUGCAGUCCCCUUGCUGCUGCCUUCUCUCUCUCCUCCUCCACCUCUUCCUCCUCUCUGGGACAUGGGCAAACCUGGAGGGGACCUUCACUAUCCGGCUGCUCCAGACCACCACCUUCCAAAACACUUCAUUCGUGGACACAGAAGGGCUGGGCCUGCUGGAAGACAUCGAACUCGGGUCUCUUGAUAAACACACAUUCUCCAUCCGCUUCUACCAGCCCUGGCUGCGCCCAGCCCUGCCCCAAGCGGACUGGAACACCAUUGAGAACCUGAUUAAGAUCUACUUGCAGCAGUUCAACCAUCUGGUCAAUGAAGGGGCCAGGCAAAGGGACGUCCCCUACCCCUUUGUGGUUCAGUGCAUGGCAGGCUGCGAGCUCUACCCCAACAGAACCUCCCGGGCCUUUGCCUAUGUGGGUUACAAUGGUCAGGAUUUCCUCCAGUUGGACACAGAGAAUGCCACCUGGACCCUCUCCCAGGACACCAACUUGUCACGGUAUGUCCAGUCAUCUCUCCAGAACUACACUGCCUUCAGUGAGCUGGUGGAAAUUCUCUUCAAUGAGACUUGUGUCGAUGACAUGGAGGUGUUACUGCAGUAUGGGAGGGCAGCUCUAGAGAGACAAGAGCUGCCUGUGGCCACGGUCUUCGCCCGCACUCCCAGCCUAGACCAGCUGCUGCUCGUUUGCCACGUCACUGGCUUCUACCCCCGUCCCAUCAGCGUGGCGUGGCUGCGGGAUGGCCAGGAGGUGCCUCCGGGCCCGGUGCUCAACACCAGCGCCAUCCUGCCCAACGCUGACCUCACCUACCAGCUCCGCAGCGUCCUGGCCGUGACCCCCCGUGAUGGGCACAGCUAUGUCUGCCGUGUGCGCCACCAGAGCCUGGGCACCCGCGCCCUUCUCAUCCCGUGGGGGGACUCAGAAGUGGUGCUGAUCACAGGGCUCGUGGCUGGGCUGCUUGCAGCCAUGGCCGUAGCCGCCAUGUCAGUGCUUUGGGUGUGGAGACAAAGACGGCUGGGCUGGGUUGAAGCUUGGGAUCCCACAGGUUCUUCCUCCUCCCACGGUCACUGCUGCUGCUUUUUCAGCCUUGCCGCAUGCACCAUGCAGCCCCCUCACCUCCUCCUCUUCCUCUUUCUCCCGAUCUUCCUCCCUGGGAUGUGGGCAGACCCAGAGGCAGAGCCACAGGUUAUCCAGUACCUCCUGACUAGCUUCUUUGCCAACAUCAGCUCUGCUGAGGUGUCAUGCGUGGCAGUCGUAGAGGACAUACCCAUCUUUGCACUGGAUCCUGCCAACUGGAGCAUCCACUUCUACUGGUCCUGGGCCAGCCAGGCUGCAACUGAGGGUGACGGGGAAAAGAUAUUGUCCCAGUAUAGAGUCGCUCUGCGCAAUAUGAUCCGAUUUGUGCACGACACAGUUCAGCAGACCAAACAGCACUACCCAUUGGUGGUCCAGUUACGUGCAGGCUGUGCGCUGUACCCCAACAGGACAAGCCGGGGCUUCCUGGAUAUCGGCUGGGAUGGCAGAGACCUCGUAGCUUUUGAGGUAGAUAAACAGCGCUGGGAGGCCCGGCAGCCAUUCCAGCUGGCAGAGCUGGUCAGCAAGAGCCUCAACAGGCAGAAGUCCGUCACAGUGCUCUUGGAGUACCUUCUCUCCAUCAAGAUCUGCCAGAGCAACGUCCUCUCCCUGAAGCGGUAUGGGAGGGCAGCACUGGAGAGACAAGAGCUGCCUGUGGCCACGGUCUUCGCCCGCACCCCCAGCCUAGACCAGCUGCUGCUCGUUUGCCACGUCACUGGCUUCUACCCCCGUCCCAUCAGCGUGGCGUGGCUGCGGGAUGGCCAGGAGGUGCCUCCGGGCCCAGUGCUCAACACCAGCGCCGUCCUGCCCAAUGCUGACCUCACCUACCAGCUCCGCAGCGUCCUGGCCGUGACCCCCCGUGAUGGGCACAGCUAUGUCUGCCGUGUGCGCCACCAGAGCCUGGGCACCCGCGCCCUUCUCAUCCCGUGGGAAAACCGCAGCAGAGCUCCAACUGCCAGCAUCACCAUUGCAGUGCUGCUUCUUGUGGCCAUAGCCUCUGCCGGGGGAUUUUGGUGGUGGAAGCGCAGGAAAGGUAACGAGGCUACAUGGGAGACCCAGGAAUUCAUCAUUUGAGACCUGGUUGUCCACCCAGCAAAAACCGCUUGCUCUCCCUUCUUACUUCGUGUCCCAUCCCUGACCCAUCAGGACCGACACGGUUUUGUUCUGGAAAACCACCGCAUUAAACAGCUACAAACUUCCCCUAAUGCACAUA